GUGUGUUGUUCUGAUGUGAAAGCAGCUGCUGCUGUGCUGUCGUCACCUCACAGCUGGCUCCGCGCGCCUCCUCAUCAGGGAACCUGAGGUCAUUUGUUAUGAAGAAGUCGGCCUCUGCUGGGCUCAACGUGCAUUACUAAUGUACGAUAUUAACAAGAGGUCCGUGAUUCGUCACUGUUUUUGAUUAGCAAGUUAGAAUGUCUCAAAAUAUUAAUAUUUCAGUUAAAACAGCUUUCUGGCUGGCCGGUUCAAGCACGCUUCACCCUUUCAGAUCACUUCGCCUUUCGGCCUUGUUUGAGUUGGAAAUUCCACUAUGCAUUUCAAUGUAUGUAUUUAAAAGUUAAAGCAGUUGGAAAUAUGAAAGCAAUUCAACUAUUGCUUUGAAAGCAGGUGAUGUUUUCUGUUAAAGCUGAGUGCUGUAAACACAACGAAACGGAAGGCGUAGUGUACCAGAAUAUGAGUGCCAAAGGCCUGCACAAGUUCAACAGUGACUUUCAGUGCCAAUGAUCUGAAAGAAUGCUCUCACUAUUCACGUAGGGUGAAACUGUUUUGCCUGGAAGUGUUUGAUACAAGAGACGCUAACGGAGAGGAAGAGGAAGACCAUUCAUUUUUUGGCCGUCAUCAAUAUAUUUACAACUUCCACUCUGGCUCAAAGAUUAAAAGUUUGGACUUUCAUUCCUGCUCCGUCCUCGUCGCCUCCUCAUAUAUCAAAUACCCCGAGAGGUCUCAUUUGUCCGUCAAUGCGAAGGAAUCGGUGGAGCGAGUUGGUGUGAGAGGACCCGAGGGGGGGGAGGCACAGUAAGUAGGUGAAGUCGGCGGCUCGUUAAGAGAAACAGAAAAGAGGGUAUGAGUGUCUAAUUCUAUGAAAAGACUAGAGUCGAGUUCUAAGCUUUUCACAUCUUCACAUCCAAGGCAGUGAAAACACAGAUUUCCCCGGAGACAAAGCAGCUCUGGAGAAAUCCUUCAUUAAAAGUAUCACAAAAUACAUCAAAAAACAUUAAAAUGCACUUGGGAGAGCAGCCAAAGUGGAACAAAUAGGAGUUUUCUUUGUGCCGCAAGCACAAAAUGCGAAGAUGACUGAGCACUUUUUGCUGUUAUCACCCGGAUUCAUCGAGGGACGCAGGUGUGUCAGAGGAAAGGUGGGAGGUGCGUUUGGCAGCUCCACGGACGCCGAGCUCAGUUCUACGAACCCCGACCUGGCAGAGACAUCAUGUACUCUCUGCUCCCUCUCCUCUGCCUGUGCUCGGCCUGGACGAAGGCGACGGAGGCGUCGGACCCCAACUUGCCCUUCAUGGAGUACCUGGACCCAAACUAUAUGGUGUGCCUGAAGUGGGGCUUUGAUGACCCGCGAGGGACCAUAACAUUCAAGCUGGUGGUCAACACGACCGGCUGGGUGGGCUUGGGCUUCAAUUCGAAUGAGGAAAUGACAGGGUCCGACAUCGUCAUGGGGGGAGUUGGACCCAGCGAAAGCUACUUCCAAGAUUACUACGCCACGGGGAACAGGAGGCCUUUGGUGGACAACCAGCAGAGCUACACUCUCCUCUCUCUGGAAGAGACUGCGGGUCAAACCGUCAUGACCUUUAAGAGGCCCAUUCAGUUGUGUAAUGACGAAGAUUUCUACAUCACUACUCAGCCCCUGACACUGAUCUACGCCUACGGGACAACAGAUGAAAUCGGUUACCAUGGGGUCAAGAGAGGCGCCAAGGAACUCAACCUGCUCAACCAUGUGACCAGGGCGACCGUAACCAACAGCAACUAUCUCACCGCCACUAUGGAUAAUAUCGCUGUCCCUCAAAGUCGUACCUACUACCACUGCAAGAUCAUGAAGUUUCAAAACUUAGAUCCGAAUACACCGUAUCACAUAUAUCAGAUUGAGCCAGUGAUUAAGAACCCUGACCUUGUGCACCACAUGCUGCUCUACCGCUGCCCCUCCUUCGUGCUGGAGCCCUACGACAGGCCAUGCUACAUGGGCGACGAGGGCGAUGCCUGCUUCGGGGUGGUGGCUGCGUGGGCAGUGGGAGGAGGGGUAUUUGAGCUUCCAGAAGAUGUGGGUAUUCCAAUUGGAGGUGCAGAUAGCAAUACCUUAUAUAGGCUGGAAAUCCACUACAACAAUCCAACUAACAUUGCAGGUCGGAGAGACAGCUCAGGACUGAGGCUUCACUAUACACUCCAACGUAAGAAAUAUGAUGUGGGCAUCCUCACCACUGGCAUGCUGCCACACAGCGCUCUGCACUACAACAUUCCCCCGAAAGCCCCUCAAUUCCACACCUACGGCGUGUGCAACACAAGCCUCUUUUCUCAGUUCAUGAAUCCUGUGCCUGACCUGCAAGUGUUUGCUGUGAUGCUGCACACUCACCUGGCCGGGAGGAAAAUCAGAGUGGGACAUUACAGAAACGGAGAGCAGAUCGAAUUCUUGGCCUUGAACGAAGAGUACAACUUUGAGCUGCAGGAGACCCUCAGUCUGGGAAACAUCAAGACCAUCAAGCAGGGUGAUGAGAUUGUGGUGGAAUGCACCUACAGCACCAGCGAUCGCGCCAACGUCACCAGGAUGGGGUUGUCAACUACUGAUGAGAUGUGCCUCGCCUUCCUGCUCUACUACCCCGCAAUCAACAUCACCACCUGUGUUAGCCACCCAAACACGAGCAUGUCUGAAGACAAGGAUACAAUUGCUGCACAGGAGAGUUAUCUGAAGUAUCUUCCACAAAUUCAGUAUGCCUCUGAUGCAAACUACUUCUCAGUUGGCCGAAUAGGCACGGUCAGAGCCUUGAUGGAAACGCCAAAUGUCACCUGUCGCAACAGCAAUUCGGCGAGCAGACUUGGCACUUCCUGGAUUAUGAAUUUAACAGGAAUCAUACUUUUGGUACUCUGGAUUGCAGUAAUAUAACAUGUUUGUAUGAGCAACAGAUCCAAACCAUUGCUAUCUCUACAUCGUAAGGGGCAGUUCAUAAAACAUCUGUUGCAUUCAACUUCACAAGACAGGAUGUUAACCAUUUUCUUUGUUUUCCUUUUGUACUUGUUACUCUCUAGUAUUGAUUAUUAAUCAUCUCCUAAUUGUGUACAUGUAUUUUAGUCAGUUCAUGCACUCUAAUUGCCUAAUUGCUGUAAUGUAUAUGCAUACAAAAUGUAUAAAAUAGCUAAUCAUUUGCUGAUUCAUCACUCAAUAAAAUAUAUAUUCCAGAAAUAACGUGAAA